GUGAGUUUCGAUUUCGGAUUAUAGCAAACUUAGGGUUAGGCUUCCAGUUUGGGGAAAAUGAACAAAAUUUCUGGGCUGUAAGGAAGGAAAGGGAGGAGGAGAAUGGCUGACCGAUUUGACGAGGACUGCGAACUGAAUUCGCGGGGCCUGAAGCAGCGCGAGCUGGCAACCCGUCGGAUACUGUUUUGGUCGCAACGUCUGCUGCUGACGCCGCUGGAGGUGGAGAACAUGACCCAGCAGGAGCUCAACCACCAGCUCCAGAUCGUCAAACAGAAGGAGAAGGCCCUGGAGGAGCGCAGAUCCGACUUCGAGCGAUGGAAGCAGCUCCAGCAGCUGAGGUUCAUCAUGUACGAGGAGCAGCGGAAGUACAACCAGCGGUCCGGGGCAGCUGGCCAGGCCUCCAUCUGGUGCAUCCUGGCGAUGGCUCAGCGGGAGCUGGAGGACAAGCUGAAGAUCGAUCGCCUCCGGGGCAGCUGCCAGCGAUUUCCGUCGCCCAUGAGUCUGAUGGCACACGAUCGUCAAACGGGUGGCAAAAAUCAACUGGAGCCCUUGAGGUCCUUCUUGAGUGGCUGUCCGUCGCGCCAGGACUUGGGCGAUGGAUUCGGUCUGGAGUCAGAGGAGGAACUGGAACUCAAAGAGAAGAAGCCCGCUAAGGUGACAGAUCUCCAGGUCAACGAAAGCGUCCAAACUCUGAUAGCCACCAGGGACAAGUCCUCGCAGACUCGCUACUCCUACAAGGACUCUUUCUACAGGAAACCCAUUCUGCUCGGCUCCCAGGCGAGCUACAAUCUUCACGCCAAGGGUGUCGACCCAGGCGAGCCUCUUCUCUAUUGUCCUGUGUGCGCCAGGAAGCACCUGCGAGUGCCGCCAAGAUAUUGAGUGCUUUGAGCCUUAGAAAGUGUGAUGCAAAAAAUAAGUAUAGUUUUGAUACAUCUUUGCUCAGAAGAAAGACUUUUUCCCUUAAAAAAAAAUUAAUAAAAUAGGUAAUAUUUUAUACAACUAUCCUAUAGUUUGGGAUUGGUUUUAAAGUGUA